GUCUCUUUUCAUUCUUUCUUUCUUCCUUCUUUAUUCCAGACUGAAAUCUAAAUUCAAAUGACUUUGAAUCCUGACCCUAAUGGCCUUAAGCGAGACGAAGUCGUUGGAUCUAAAGAGAAAUGAACGAAUAGAUGUUGACUACAUAAAAGGGAUUCUUCAGCCUACACCCACUUGUGCUAUCUGGGACGAAAUCUGGAACUUUCAAGCCAAGCCCGACGAUCUGCUUAUUUCUACCUAUCCCAAAGCAGGAACAACUUGGACCCAGGAAAUAGUAGACAUGAUACAAAAUGAUGGAAAUAUUGAGAAAUGUAAACGAGCUCCUACUCACCUUCGAUUUCCUUUCAUUGAAUGGAUAAUUCCACCAAUGGACUCCGGUUUGGCUCAAGCUGAUGCAAUGCCAUCACCACGCAUACUAAAAACUCACCUUCCUAUCCAGCUGUUGCCACCAUCCUUCUUGGAGAAUAGCUGUAAGAUAAUCUACGUGGCAAGAAAUGCCAAGGACAAUUUGGUGUCCUAUUACCAUUUCCAAAAGAUGAACGCAGCACUUCCUGAUCCAGGAACCUGGGAGGAGUAUUUUGAAGAUUUCCUGGAAGGAAAAGUGUGCUGGGGUUCCUGGCAUGAUCAUGUGAAAGGAUGGUGGGAUGCAAAAGAUAAAUAUCCCAUUCUCUACCUCUUCUAUGAGGACAUGAAGAAGAACCCAAAGCAUGAAAUUAGAAAGAUAAUGGAAUUCAUGGGGAAGAACCUAGAUGAAGAUGCUUUAGAUAAAAUCGUCUAUCAUACCUCUUUUGACAUAAUGAAAAAGAAUCCGAUGGCAAAUUAUACAUCAAUUCCUGGUGAAAUUAUGGACCACUCUGUUUCCCCAUUCAUGAGAAAAGGAUCUGUAGGAGACUGGAAGAGCUACUUCACUGUGGCCCAGAAUGAGAGAUUUGAUAAAGACUACAAGAAGAAAAUGAUGGGUACCACUCUGACUUUCUGCUCCAGUCUCUAAGCAGAAAUGAGAAGGAACCCAAAUGUAUGAAGACUUUAUCUGCAAAUACUCAUGAAUUGUCCUAUCAUUUAUACUGGCACUAUCUUACAGCAUUGUUUUAAGGAUAUUUAUAAAGUGCUUUGUAACCCUUAAAGUGGUAUAUAAGUGCUAGCCAUUGUUAUUGUUAUUAUUAUGUUUAGUCAUCAUCAUUCUGCUAAUUAAAAGGAUUGUAUUUUCUUUUUAUUUAUUCCCUUCUCAAGAAGCUAGAAAUUCCAUGGUUAAAUGGACUUAAUAUUAUAUGUCCAAAACAGAACUCAUUUUCUUUCACCCUGAACCUUUCCAGCUUCCUACCUUCCAUAUUAUUGUAGAUGGAAACAUCACCCUCCCAGUCUCUCAGGCUCACAACCCAAGAGUCAUCCUGGACUCCUCCUAUCUUUAACCCCCCAGCUCCCACUUCCAUAUCCAAGCAGUUGCCAAGGACUGCCGAUUUUAUCUUUGCAACAUCUCUCUUAUAUUCCUCUGACACUGCCACCACUCCAGUAUAGGCCCUCAUCACCUCAUGC